UGGAGAUUCAGUUUGUUCGAAAUGGAAGAACAACUGAUGUAGCACCCAAGGGGUAUCCAGAAUCAUUUCACCAUCUCAGUCAUUUAAAUUUCUAUGAACUCCUAGCUGUUGGUGUUGCUCGGAAUACUUUUGAGACAAGGAUGGCUAUGAAAAUUAUUGGUAUUAGCAAGAAAGAGCAGGAGGCAAUUUUAAGAGUUAUGACAUUUGUUCUUCAUCUUGUUGCCCGUGACACACAUUCGUGCCUCGCCAAACUCGCCAUUAUGAUAUCAGUGUUGCUCUGUUCGAACCUUGAGGACAAGGUUCUUAUUGAGGUCGGGAGUAUUGUUAUGAAUCGGCUCCAACCCAAUAUGGAGACCAACAUGGAUGACACACAAAUAGACAUUGGGCCGAGAAGAAGCAAUUGGGCCAGGCCUUCACAAAGUUUAAUAUGGGAUCCAUGCUGAUUAAAUAGUACGGGUUACUGCUAUCAGUAGGCAUGUUGAAUUAUGUGUGAAGGCAAUUCCGUGUUUCUCAUCCUGAUUCUUCUAGCAUCUCAUCUCCUUCUUCAAUCUAUCUUCUCAUCCCAAUCCUUAUCUCUAUCCUUACUCUUUAGUUACUUGUUAUCUCAGUAAUUUUCAUUGUAAUUCAGUACCUUGAGAAUUAUAAUCAGUGUUCAUAUUCUUAUUAA